UAUAUUGUUAGAUGAAGAGUUUAAUCCAAAAAUAUCAGACUUUGGUAUGGCUAGAAACUUUGGAGGGAGUGAAGAUCAGGCCUAUACAAACAGGGUUGUUGGAACCUAUGGCUAUAUGUCCCCUGAAUAUGCAAUGCAAGGACUAAUUUCAGAGAAAUCAGAUGUCUUUAGCUUUGGUGUUUUGGUACUAGAGAUUGUUAGUGGAAGAAGAAACUCAAGAUUUUAUGAUGAUGAGAAUGGUCUUGGCCUUUUAGGAUUUGCCUGGAUACAAUGGAAGGAAGGCAACAUAUUAUCUCUAAUAGAUAGCAAUAUAUGAUGUUACUCAUCAUAAAGAAAUUUUAAGGUGCAUACAUAUAGGGCUUCUAUGCAUGCAAUAACUUACUGUAGACAGACCCACAAUGGCUGCAGUAAUUUGUAUGUUUAACAGGGAAGUUGUCUUUCUUCCUUCUCCAAGUCAACCAGCACUCAUCCAGAGCCACAAUAUGUUGAAUUCGGUGUCAGUAUCAUCUAAAGAAAGUCAUAGAUUUUGCUCCAUCAAUGCUAUUAGUAUUACAGAUAUUGGAGGUAGAUAGCGAAACAAAAGCUCUAAGAAAGAUGAAACCUGUAUAAGUUAGUGUCAGAGCUAUUAAUUUUGCCAAAUUUGAUUUUUGAAUAAGUUUUCCACCGUCUGA